AUGAGAAGUGUUUGGUAUCUGCAACUUCUCUGUGCGCUCUCAGUUGUGUCUAUGAUCCGUGCAGAGCUAUUAGACUCACAAAAGAAGGGUUAUUUGUUCAAUACCGGCCAGAAAGGCUUUGUAACUGUUGUUUAUUCGGGGAAGUCCGCCGAUUUGUAUCUGACCGCAACAGCUGCGAAUGCCACAUUAAUGCAGGUUAUUGGGGUUGUGGAUAGCGACAUGGCCUAUAACUUGCUGGCCUUUCCUAAUGAAAAGUCUCGAGGCAAACACUCUGGGCCGCGCUCCGAGGUUGCAUCAAUGGAGGCUACUUCGACAAAAGGAGGCGCCAAAAUAACACUAUCUAACCGCAAUAACCACAAAACCCACAAAUUUAUCUUCAGUGCUCCGGCUUACAUGGACACCACAGCCUUUCGUAUAUUCUUGGCUAAUGAGUGUCUUGAUGUUAACUAUAAAAACCAACAGAUGUUCCUGGGAAGUUGUCAGGCCGGGGGUUCGGAAUACGAAAAGAAUCAACAGUGGGUUUGGGUAACCAAAGAAAGGCUUGAUGCGGACAUGGAGGCAGGCAUAACGCAAUUUAAUUAUGGCGAGCACAUGCCAUACGAAUCAGAAACAACAACUCUGAACACUUACACUCCUCAUGAAGAAAGUGGGGGCUAUGCAAGUGGUGGAAGAUACAGUGGAUCGGGAUAUAGCUCAAAUCGGUAUUCAUCUUACUCACAAAACCCCACAGCAAGUCAAUAUGGACCUCCUAGAUCAGACCAUAGGUCGUCACAGGGGUACUACAGCGGGCAAUAUAGUGGGUCAAACAGUAGAUCAUACGGGCCGAGCAAAGGAUCGUAUGGUGGGUCGUAUGGCGGAUCGUAUGGAGGGGGAGGCAGCGGGUCAUAUGGCGGGUCAUAUGGAGGGGCAAGCAGGCACCGGGGAUAUAUUUAUCCACCAUACAUUGGCGGAGAAAACUGUCCUUAUUGCGACUACUUUGACUAUUAG